UCACGGGAGGAGGCCCAAGCGGGGCACGGAGUAGCUACUUGAGACCACCGCCACCCCGUGCCUGAAGAGAAGUAACUUCGGGAACCUGGAGUUGAGGUGGGGGCACGCAGGGCGUGUGCCUCUCCUCGCCCUGGAGCAGUCGCGUUUCUGCAGUAGUUUUCAGAGCCACACCACGAGGGCAAGGAUCGUGGCUGUCUCGUGGACUGCUAUAUACUCAGGACUCGGGACUCAAAAUACUUUGACUUGAGGGCCUUUCCUCUCCUGUCCAACACCUCGUGCUCGUCUUCUUUUCCACUCACUGUCCCUUCUUUGCGGAGCCUCCCUAUGCCGGGCCAGUUGCUUAGGUGCCUAGCUCAGGUACCAGUCCUGCAGGAGAAGCCAGCCUAAGGGAGUGACUUCUCGAGGGUGGUGGUUGAGGCCCAGGCCGCCUAGGAACUCGAGAUUCUACUUAGACUCCAAACUGAACGCUGUUGCCGAGGUGCCCAAGUAGAAGAAAUAUGGAGUUUAGAGCCUGAGAAUUUUGAAAAAUUAAAGCCAGUUCAUGGGUUAAUUUUUCUAUUCAAGUGGCAGCCAGGAGAAGAACCAGCAGGCUCUGUGGUUCAGGACUCCAGACUUGACACAAUAUUUUUUGCCAAGCAGGUGAUUAAUAAUGCUUGUGCUACUCAAGCCAUUGUAAGUGUGCUAUUGAACUGUACGCAUCAGGAUGUCCAUUUAGGAGAGACAUUGUCUGAGUUUAAAGAAUUUUCACAGAGUUUUGAUGCAGCCAUGAAAGGUUUGGCACUGAGUAAUUCAGAUGUGAUUCGACAAGUGCACAACAGUUUUGCCAGGCAACAGAUGUUUGAAUUUGAUGCAAAGACAUCAGCCAAAGAAGAAGAUGCUUUUCACUUUGUCAGCUAUGUUCCUGUUAAUGGAAGGCUAUAUGAAUUGGAUGGAUUAAGAGAAGGACCGAUUGAUUUAGGUGCGUGCAAUCAAGAUGACUGGAUUAGUGCAGUAAGACCAGUCAUAGAAAAAAGGAUACAAAAGUACAGUGAAGGUGAAAUUCGAUUUAACUUAAUGGCCAUUGUGUCUGACAGAAAAAUGAUAUAUGAACAGAAGAUAGCAGAGUUACAAAGACAGCUUGCAGAGGAGGAACCCAUGGAUACAGAUCAGGGUAAUAAUAUGUUAAGUGCUAUUCAGUCAGAAGUUGCCAAAAAUCAGAUGCUUAUUGAAGAAGAAGUACAAAAAUUAAAAAGAUACAAGAUUGAAAAUAUCAGAAGGAAGCAUAAUUAUUUGCCUUUCAUUAUGGAAUUGUUAAAGACUUUAGCAGAACACCAGCAGUUGAUACCACUUGUAGAAAAGGCAAAAGAAAAACAGAAUGCAAAAAAAGCUCAGGAAACCAAAUGAAGAGGAUGCUUUGGGAUAUGUACACAGCUCUCAUCUAAACUUAUUCUCAUGGAAACCAUUAAGUUUAAGGGACUUUGGGCAGUGUCCUAAUUGACUCAGUCAGUGCACGUUUGGCAAAAGUACCAGUCUAUCUUGUCUGUAAUGCAUGGAUCCAUAAAUUUUUUCCCCACCUGCAUCAUGUGCAUGUAGUGCAUAUUCAAUAAAAGUGAUAUUAAGAGUGCUUGCCCAAAUUUUAUUAUUUGAUAUUGGAGCUGAGAAUUCUUGUUGUUACUCUGGAUAUAUAACUAUGGUCUUGAACCUUGGAAAUGCACAAAUGAUAUUCUCUACCUGUUAUUCUAAUUGAUUUUUUUAAUUUUUUGCUUCCAGUUUAUAAAUGUCAACUCUUAAAGUCGGAUCUUCUGUUUACUAUCAUUAAUGGAAAAUCAGUAUUUCUGUCUUUGAUAUGUUUUGAAGCUCUUACAGGUGAAUUUAUCAUACUAAUUAUUUGAUUUUCGUGCAGAUCAUUUAAAAAGAAUGAAAGUAUAAUUUCUAGUGAUUUUUACUGAUGCCAAUAGAAGAGGUAAUGAAUAUCCCAAUUUUAUUUUAGCAAACUUUCUUCUUUGGAGUUAAUUGUAUCUAAAAAAGUGUAGAUAUUAUACUUCAAAGGAAAAUUUCAGGUUAAGAACAAAUUGUGAAUCUUACAGAGUUUUGGUGUUACUCCAUUUGGCAACCUUUAUUCAUGCUGCUAAACUGUCUUUAUUGAAAAUUACAGGUUUGACAAUUUAGUUUAUCUGCUUUAAAAAAAGAAUGACAGUGGUAGUAGUGAACCUUUUAUGCUAAUUUGAACAAAAUUAGUGGAGCCCACAAUUUUUAAGAGUCAUGUACAAUUUGCUCAUAACAGAUUAUAUUUUUGUCCCUUUUGCGAGUUGCUCUGAUUUUCAUUUUAUAAAUUAAUAUUGUACUAUAUUCUUGUUUUUAAGCUUCUUUUCUAAGUUAAACUUCAAAGGAAAUUUUAUAAAGCUUCUUUUUAUAAAUGAACUAGUGUACUUUUUUUCUUUACCAAGCACAUUUUUAAAGUCAAUACAUGGCCUUUUUAACACCUAUUAUUUAUUGUAAAAUAAAUUUAAUGUAAUUUAUUUCAUUAAGUAGGAUGUGUACUCACCUUUCAGCUUUAACACAUGACUUUUUAAGAAUUGUUUUAAAAGCUUACUAAUUGUGGUUUUAUUAAAUGAUUUAGAACCAAUGAGAGAAAACCUGGGAGGAAAUUGUGAAGAAAAAUUAAUGAAAUAUUUUUCGUAUAUAAUUUCAGUUAAAGGUAACAAAGAAAUAUAUGUAGUUUUUCAGUUUUUUGUGGAUCAACAUGUUUUGGUCUUCAUAUAAUAAUAAUUAUGGAGUGUUGCAAAGCUGUCAUACAAUUUUCAAAAAUACCUUAGCUCAUUUUGAUCUCCUUUAUUUCUACCAUUUUACUGAGGCUUAAAGCAAUAAGAGAUUAUUGUAGAAAGUAGUAUCUGGUAAUCAAAUAAAACAGUGGAAUAGAAGAGAGUACCUAAAAAGUUUAUAUUUUUCUGAUCACUUGAUUUUUAACAAAAGUGACAAAGCAGUCCAACAGGGAAGGAAAAUCUUUUCAACAAGUGGGGCCAGAAUAAAGUAGCUGAAUAUCUAUAUUGGGAAAAAUCAACCAUGACCCCACUACCUCACCAAAAUGAAUUUGAGUUGGAUCAUACACCUAAAUGUAAUAGCUAAAAAGUAUAAUGGGUUUUUUUUCUUGUAGAAAACAUGGGUGCAUAUCUUUGUGAUAUGUGGGUAGCCAAAGGUUUCUUAAAUCACAGAAAGCAGUGUCUUUUAAGAGGUUCAGAAUUAAAGUCAAUCAAAAUUAAAAACUCAUCAUGGAAAGAUACUGUUAACAGGAGUAACUAGUAUCAUAUCAAAUGACAUUUGUAAAGUAGCUUUAUAAAACUAGGUUGAUAGUUGUAAAAGUUUUUUCUUGUCUAACUCCGAUAAGGUUCCUUGAUAGGAAUUUCUAUAGUUGAAGAAUGAUUUAUUUUGUCUGCUUCUUUAAUCAUUACAAAUGCAUUGUGACACUUCAUGGUUAUUUCUGCUUGUGAAUAAAGAAGUAUGACUUGUC